AUGCGGAAUACGUGUAAUUGUGCCGGGAAAAAUAAACAACCUGAGGACCAAAAUUAUCUGAGCUGUGUCAGUGCGUCGCUGAACAACAGAAAUUCAAAAUAGAAGAAGCUGUGUCUGGAAAAGCACCAUGGUUCCCCUUUGCAACCCUACGCUUUCUCUGCCCCUCCGGAUUCCGACGAAAGCCAACAACCGCUCCUCGAAUUCAAUUAUCACCAACUCUGCUUCUUCCAGCAAGAGGCAGCGAACAACUACAACUACUUCCUUUUCGCCCUUCGAAACACGAGUCUCACUCAUUUUCGCCCUUGCUUCUCAAGCUACCUCUCUCUCCCAGCGACGUAAAUUUAUAGCUGACGUGGCUUCUGAGACUGCAAAGUACGUGUUUCCUAAAAGAUUUGAAAGCCGCACGCUCGAGGAGGCCUUCAUGGCAGUUCCCGACCUUGAGACUCUCAACUUCAAAGUUCUUAGUAGAACGGACUUCUAUGAGAUCCGGGAAGUUGAGCCUUAUUUUGUGGCAGAGACUACAAUGCCUGGGAAGACUGGCUUUGAUUUCAAUAGUUCUUCUCAAUCCUUUAACGUCCUAGCUGAGUACCUCUUCGGUAAGAAUACAAGAAAGGAAAAAAUGGAGAUGACUACACCAGUGAUUACAACUAAGAAUCCGUCGGAUGGAGUUAAAAUGGAGAUGACUACCCCUGUGCUAACAACAAAGUCAGAAGAUCCAGAUAAAUGGAAAAUGUCUUUUGUCAUGCCAUCAAAAUAUGGUGCUGAUCUGCCACUGCCUAGAGACUCCUCUGUGAGGAUUAAAGAGAUCCCCAGAAAAAUAGUUGCUGUAGUUUCAUUUUCAGUUCAUAGCUCACUUACAUGCACUACAUCUACUUGCACAUACAAGGAGCUGUAAAUCACAACUUAAGUCACCCACUUGCCCCACUCGCACAACUAACUCAGCACACUUUCAAACAACUCAAUGAUUUGUAAUGAACUGUUUUUUGUUUCUAAAUUGUGCCUAUAAAUAAGGCUAUGUAUUGUAUAAUUUAAACAUAACAGAAAAUAUUUUUCUUCUUUCUUCUAUAUGUAUGCAACUUUUUUUCUCCUUGUUGGUGAGUCUUUGGAUUUUAGAUGCAGGAAAUUAUUAACACUGCAGAUAAUUAACUUUAGGAGAAACCCCAAAUCUGCAAUUUGGUUUACUAGAGCACAUGCAUAUUUUUCUGCGUGUAUGAUGUGUGUAUUUUCAUCUGGUUGUGCUCCAUUUGUAUUUCAAUGAAAUGUUUGAAUGCUUGGGCAUGACGACUCUUCGUUUUCUCUAAUCACUGAGUUAUAAUAAUUAAGUAAAUCAUUGUUAGUUUUAAAUAGUUUGAUGUUGGUUUAGUGCAUUAUGGUAUUGAAUAUUGUAGUAAGGAUAGUUUUGAUGAAUAAGUAGUUUGGAUAAAUGGUUUGAGAAAUUUGAUAGUU